UCUUUGCCUUGUGCAUGAAAGCAGAAUACAAGUCUAUAAAAUGGAAGUAAACACUAAAAGGCCUUAGCUCUGAUUGCUGAUUAAUCCAAGUCAAACAAGAGGGCUGCAAAGUGCAGCCAUGCCUCUGAAAUGCUUCACCCUCCCCUAUUUUGAAGUAAAGAACGGCAUUUAAUAAAGCUUUGUUCCAUCAAAGAAAAUGGUCAGCAAAACUAGUCCACGGAGAACAUUCGACCACAUGCUUGAGAGAGAGAGAGAGAGAGAGAGAGAGAGAGAGAAGAUUAGAGUUCAGACUCAAGACUGCUAGUUAAGCCAAGCCGACACCCCACCCCUAUUCCCACAAGUCAAAGUCACGAAGCAGGUGACAUCACCACUCAGAAAUCGCCACGUCACAAGAAUUGAUCGAGGAAGCUUCCUCGAACCUCAACCUCUUCCCGAAGAACCGCCCCAGACCUACUCAAGAGGAAGCUUCAAAAAUCCCACGUGACGUCCCUACGGCCCCUCGAUCUCAUUCCUUCGAAUGAUUGACGGCCAGGAUUUCAUCUAGAGUCAUCCCUUUUGACGCCACCCUCCUCUACAUAAACCAGGCCAACCUUUGGCUCCCCCUCCGGAGCCUCCACCAGUCCACCCAGCCAUGGCCACGAGCGACACCAGCGCAAGCCCGGCGGAGUGGGCUCAGAUCUACGGCCAGCACGGCUUAGGAUCCCCCGCGACCGCCACGCCGGCCAGGCUCAGCCGCGUGUCCGCCGUUGCCGACUCGACGGUGGUCACAACCACGUCGAGCCCGGCUGUCGCCGGAUCGAGCGGCAGCCCGACUUCGCACCAAGCUAUCGAGGGCCGGGUGGGGAAGUCGGCCCGCCGGCGAUCGAGGGCCUCCAGAAGGGCCCCGACGACGCUACUCAACACCGACACCACCAAUUUCCGUGCAAUGGUGCAGCAAUUCACCGGCAUCCCCUCGGGACCGUAUUCGUCUAGUUAUCAGCCUAGCAACCGGCCAAUGAUCAACUUCGGGCUUAAUUUUAAUGAUCCUCGUCGCCAAGCCACGGUGGUGCCCUUCGGGCACCUUCACCAGCAGCAGCAGCAGCAGCAGCAGCAGCAGCAGCAGCAGCAAUACCAAAGGCAAUCUUUCCAGCACCAACAUCAAGGACAGCACUACCAACCUCAGCAGCAGCAGCAGCAGCAGCAGCAGCAAUCAUAUGAUGGUGCCAUUUUUGAUGGUAGCCAUGAUAUUUUUCUUCAAGGUUUUAGCAACCCAAGGGCUAACAUGGAGGUGACUGAUGGCUUUUUCUUGGAUGGCAUGUCCAACCAACUGAUGCCAAGGACAAACUCCACUGACAGCAGAACUAAUGGGUUUUUCUCAUGAGGAAAAAGGUAAAGGAUUAGGGAGAGAAAGAGAGGUUAACUUUUGCUUUUGUGAGAGGGAGGAGAAAGAGAGAAGAAUGCAUUGACACAUGUAAAUAUUAUUAUGAUACAAUAUAUCUCUCUGUCUUGUGGUAAAUGGAAUCUUUCUAGAUUGUGUUA